AUGGCAAUCAAGUCAGGAACCCGGCCAGCUGUUGUCUUUCACAUGACGACUCGGAGCCAUGCUGCGAGGAAGCCGACGCCAGAGGUGAAUUCGUCAUCAGACAGUUCGCCUCCGUCUUCUGGCUCUUCCUCGUUGGCGGCGACCCCUAGUCUUCAAGUAAAAGGCAACAAGAGGAAAGCCUCCGAGGCGAGCUCGGAUGACUCUGAGGAGGCCAUUGAGGCCAAAAGGCACUGCCCGGAGCCAGAGGUGAAGGUGCCUGAGGUGCGCGAAGAACCUAACACCCUCGACUAUAAGAGCCAGCAAUACUGGCCAAAGUACAACCCCGACAAGCCGGUGUACUACACCAGUACCGGGACCAGGUUCCGUCCGGGCUCGGCCAGUGGUACCCCGGAGUCCCGGUCGCCCAGGAAGUCCACCCGGGGAGGUGGCCGUGGCCGCGGAGGGGGUCACGCAAACAACGGUGGCCGGAGGGGCAAGCAGAAGGGCCGGGGUGGCCGGGGCGGAGAAAGCCCAGAUCCACCAAAUCGACGGCGUCCUUUGACGCAAGAUGAGCGGGUGGAGAUCUCCAUGCUCAAGGCAAGACAGCAAGAACUCAAGCGGUUCUUCAAAGUCGUGGGCGGCCAGCAAAUCGACAUCCUCGACCAGUUGGCAGUCAGGGAUAUGUCCAAGAUCUCUCGAAAGCCCAAAGCGCACAAACAUGUCCCAGAGCACGAAAUGGUCACAGAUGCUCUGAAGGAGCUCAUGGAAGACACGCAAGACAUGAUCAAGGCAAGAUACCGUGUGCAAUCCGAGCAUGAAGAACAGCGGAUGAGGCAGGAAAAGGAGGUCAUUGAACAACAGUACCAGACACACGUGGCCGAAGCCCGCAACGAGCAUCUUGCUGGUGCUGAAGGAGAUAUCAUUCUAUUCGAAAGGGCCUACCGGGCAGCACACGAUGAUACUCAUACCGAAUCCGGCUCCGACCUGGACUAUUUCCCUCACUACCACGAACUUCCUGAAGCAAACACCCAGCCACGAGGCUAUGUGUCCAGCAAGAUCAUGGAUGAAAAACCAUUCAAGCAACAGCUAGCAUCAUUCGAUGAGCAGGCACGUCAAGAGGUUCUGAACGAAGACGUCAUUGCGCCACUCCUCACGAAUAUGGAACGACGCAACAAUGAGUGGCGAGAAGAACAAAUCCGGAAGAAAUCGCAGAACCUCGACGCCCUGUCGGCGGAAGCCAUCAAGGAACUUGAAAACAUCAAAGGGUACCUUGUCCCGAGGCCGUUCAAGAUGGAUGAUAGUAAUUCCUACGCCUUAUCGGCACUGGCCGAUGUUUCGGAAUGGACUGCACAACAGCAGCCGGAGCGUCAGUACAUUUACAUGCCGUUGGCACCGGGGGACAGUUUUCCACGAGAAGGACUCGACUUUACCCCCCUUCCGGGCCAGCCGCAUCCCGUCAGUCGUCCAGCAUCGUCGGGCCAGUUUAAUUAUGCAACGAACGGUCCGUUCUCGACACUCCUCCCCCACCCAGCUCCAGCUCCAGCUCCGCUGGCCACGACCGGACCUAGCGAUCGAACAUUACCUCGAAUCGUGUCAAGUGGACGUGGUCAACCUAUUGCUCCGGCACCACCCAAGCAGUCUGUCAUUCGACCGACAGGUCCGUCACUGUUUCGAUACGGCACACGGCUAGGUUCAGGCUCACAAGCUUUGCCAACGUUGGCACCCGUGCCACAACAGUACAUCUUUCAACCACCACAGCAACCUUAUCAACAUCAACCUGCUCCUCGGCCAGCCUCUGCGUCUCAAUAUGGCCAACCAAGUGCAGGUGCUCCGGUCGGACAGCAGAGCAAGAUUCCCAUCACUUUUGUCAAUCAAACCAUCGCAAGUAGGAAUGCGGCGUCAACAUCGUCGCCCGUAAACGGGAAUGUUAAUGCCAAUGGCAAGGGUGGACAGAGAAUGUUGCUGCCGAAGGUGUGA